AUGGACACAAUGGCAGCUUCGAAGCUGGAGCGCAUGCCAGUUCGCGGCACUGCUUCGAAGGUUAUAGAUGACGUUGAAAUUCCAGGAGGCUACGUCCCAGGACGCAUCCUCCAGAAGUUCAUCGAUGGUGACUUAGCCGGGGCGGUGAAUGAUUCCCUCAGCAGUGAAUUGCCGAAGGGAUCGAAAGAUCCCGAUGGGCCAAGUAGCAGUGCAGCCGAUGGUGCAGGUGGCUCAUGUGACGCAGGUGUCAUGAAGGCGGCUGCUGCACCGAGUGCAGCCGAUGAUGCAGGUGGUGGUGGCAUGGAGCUUCCUCCACCACCAAUGCCACCACCACCACCACCACCGCAGGCAGUGCCAGAGCCGAAGAAUCCGCCCAAGGUCAAGGCCAUGCCACGACCUCGCCGCUAUGGGCAGGGGCAUGCCCUAGCGGCGGGGUCGCGGCAGCAGCAGCAGGUGGUCGACGUGGACGCCUAUGAGGCCAAGAAGGGUGCUGCUGAGAAAGACGGGUCAUGGGGUCCGAAAUGGCCAGCACCAGAGCUCAUGAAGAGCACAACCUGGAAGCCGCCGUGGCAGACCUCUGCAGAUGGGCAGUGCCAUGGGCAGUGGCAGCCCUCUGGGCAGUGGCAGCCCUCUGGGCAGUGGCAGCCCUCUGAUGGGCAGUGGCAGCCCUCUGAUGGGCAGUGGCAGCCCUCUGGAACGUGGCAUGAUGCAGAUGGCAGCUGGCAGGCCACAGCAUCCAUGUCACAGACGUGGCAAUCAGAUGGAUGGAGCGCGAUUCUAGGCUGCAUACUUUGUAUAGUUAAGUUUGCCACUAUAUAUAUAUAUAUAUAUUUGUUUUUUAAAAGAUACUGCAGUCAUUCAGCAAAUAUAUAUAUAUACACUUUGUUUAGGGCAGCAAACCAGUGA